GGCAUGAGUCAGAGACGUGACGCAGGCAGGGAAAAGGACGAGGCGCAGCUCCAUCCACCGUCGUCUUCUCAUCCUCUGUACGUUUUUUUCUAAGAUCCAGAGCAGAAGGAAAAACUGAUUAAAGAGAGAAACGAAGGUCUGGGUUUUGUGGCUUGUUAUCAGGCCCACAGUCACAUAAAUUACGAUGACUAAAGAAGAGAGUGCUGAGGUAGAGGAGACCCAGACUAUCUCUGAGUUCACGAGCCUUGUCCAUGAAUCUCGCAAGAAACCCAUCGUUCACCCAUCUGCCCAGGCUCCACUCCCCAAAGACUAUGCAUUCACGUUCUUUGAUCCGAAUGACCCGGCGUGUUUGGAGAUUCUCAUGGAUCCCCACACCACCAUCCCUGAGCUUUUUGCCAUUAUCCGGCAGUGGGUCCCACAGGUGCAGCACAAGAUUGACAUCAUCGGUGAAGAGAUUUUAAAGCGCGGUUGUCAUGUCAAUGAUCGUGAUGGGCUGACAGAUAUGACACUCCUGCACUAUAGCUGCAAAGCAGGAGCACAUGGAGUAGGAGACCCCGAGGCAGCCCUGAGGCUGACCAAUCAGCUGCUUGCUCUAGAUGCAGACGUGAGUCUGCGCAGCCGCUGGACCAACAUGAACGCACUGCAUUAUGCAGCUUACUUUGAUGUUCCCGAACUCAUCCGGGUUCUGCUCAAAGCUUCUAAGCCCAGAGUGCUCAACUCCACUUGCAGUGACUUCUACCAUGGCACUGCUCUUCACAUUGCCGCCUCCAACCUAUGCCUGGGAGCUGUCAAAUGCCUGCUGGAGCAUGGAGCCAAUCCCACUGUCCGGAAUGAUAAGGGCCAGGGCCCAGCUGACGUUGUCCCUGACCCCAUGGACAUGAGUCUGGACAAGGCAGAGGCAGCCAUGGUGGCCAAGGAGCUCAAGCAGUUGCUGCUGGACGCCGUGCCGCUCAGCUGCAAUCUGCCACGUGUAACUCUACCCAACUACGACAACAUCCCCGGCAACCUCAUGCUGUCUUCACUUGGCCUGAAACUGGGGGACCGUAUUUUGCUCGACGACAUGAAGACGGGCACCCUCCGUUUCUGUGGCACCACUGAGUUUGCCAGUGGCCAGUGGGUGGGCAUCGAGCUGGAUGAGCCCGUGGGCAAAAAUGAUGGGAGCGUGGGAGGAGUCCGCUACUUCAUCUGCCCACCCAAACUGGGAAUCUUUGCCCCAGUGUCCAAGAUCAGCAAAGCUGUCGAUCAAACCCCCUCCUCAGUUACCUCCACACCCAAAACCCCUCGCAUGGACUUUUCCCGUGUCACUGGCAAGAUCAAGAAAGAGAAGAAGGAGAAGGAUCGUGAGAAAAUUAUGAGGAAAAAGUCUUUGUCAGUGGGCAGUCUGGAUCCUGAUGGAGUCAAAGUUGAAGUGGGAGACCAAGUUCUGGUGGCCGGACAGAAACAAGGAAUCGUCCGCUUUUACGGGAAAACAGAUUUUGCACCAGGCUACUGGUUUGGAGUGGAACUGGAGCAGCCCACAGGGAAGCAUGAUGGUUCUGUGUUCGGGGUCCGCUACUUCACCUGCCUGCCCAAAUACGGAGUGUUUGCCCCACCGUCCCGAGUUCAAAGAAUUGGAGGCCCAAAGGAUUCCCAGGGUGAGGGGACACUGGUGAAGAAAGUCCACCAGGUGACUAUGUCCCAGCCAAAGCGGAACUUCAAUGCUGUGAGGUCUCCCAAAGACAUCACGUCUGAGAGUUCUAUAUCCAGCAGGUUGCUCUUCUGUUGUUGGUUCCCCUGGAUGCUCCGUGCGGAAAUGCAAUCCUAAACCACCAACCCCCUUCUCACUCAGUGGCAAACAUUCCCCUUCUCACUGUCCAUACAUCAUUGGUAUGUGCUUUUCUCUGAAAGUCACACAGACUGGCAAAGGCACAACUGUGUGAUUCCUCAAUUUCCCCUUUGACUGCAGAUCAACAGCAAAAAACUAGUGCCUUGCAAUUAUUGUCCUGCAUUCCGUUUGUUAAACAAAAGAACAAACAGUGUUUCUGGAAUUCUGAAUUAGGGAAAAAUAACCCUAACAAAAGCCAUUCAUUAGCAUGGAACUUUUCUUAGUUAGAUAACAUUUACAUGGUUGUAAAAAAAUCACCCCUAAAAUUAAUCCUCCAAAAACAUUCCAUUAAAUGUUCUUGUGUGCUUGGCCUGUGUGAUUUUGUUUUAGAAAAACACCUUUUCCGAGAUUAGUCCAAAGUAUAUUGUGACUUCUGCUGGCGUGUGCACUCUAUCUUAAUGUCAAUAUUCAGUGAGAAACAAUGCUUUAAAAUGCCUUUUUCAUUAGUUGUCUCACAACAUGCUUAUAUGUAGAAGGUUAGUGUCUGUCUCAAAUAUGUUGCCAGAUAACCUUGUGACCUCUCCCACCACUGACCAUUAAAUGAAUAUCAUAGUAGGAAUAAAUGCAAAAUACAUGUAACCUGAAAUUAUUGUGAAUUACCAGGAAGACAGCAAAAAAAAAAAAAAACUAAAAAAAAAAACAAUACAGGGUUUUCUUGUUUAUAUUCUAAUCAUUCUGAAUGCCAGUGUGGAUUAUAGCUGUACUGGCAUCCCCUCCGCAUGACAAGGUGCAGGCAUGUGCAUAUUGAUAGUGCGUGAAGUUCUAUAUCUCCCACUUGUGCUGAUUAGUAAUUUUCCUUUGCAUCAAAAGUCUGAAGAUGAGGUUAGUUUUAUAAUCUCAUGAGAUUCUGUGCCAUUACUCACAUAGACGUAAGACAAGAGAAAUGUCAUCUUCAGCCUAAUCGUAGAAGGCCUAAGUUAUAAUCAAUAAGUCAAAUCAAUCACCUCAUUCUGCAUUGUGUAAUUCAUUUUAACAUUGAAACAAAUUACAAAAUAAAACACAUUUCUGUCUUUUUUGCUAGGUUUAUAGAUGAAACUAAUUUACAAGAAUAAUUAUAUCCCUAACUUGCAUUAAUCCUAAAGCAGGUCACCCAACAAUACUAUUCUCUAUAGUACAGUGGCUGAUGUACUUACUUACCAGCCCUUCUCUCUUUCUAUAUCUCAUUUCAAUUUUUUUUUGUUAACCAAUUUUGUGAAUGUUUUACUUCAGCACCUCUAAAAUUCAAAAAUGUAUGUGAUUAUAUCUGUGUUAACAAGUGUUUAAGUAAAAACAGCAAUAUCUAAUCUAUGUCAACUUGCUAUGUGAUUAUGGAUGGUAUUUGUGUAUACUUAAACACAGCAUGAGGGAGAUAAGAUCCAGUCACUCUCUGUCCUUAAGUAAUUAAAUUGCUUUGGAGUCAUUCUCUUAAUGACACCUUUUUUAUCACAGACAGCAUUAUAGAAAUUAUAGGAUGAUCCCAGGUCUGCUGGGAACUAUGGGCUGACCAUGAGGAAAGUAAAAUAAUAAUUAUAAUAAUAAUAUAUGGAAUUGCUUAUGCAAUCUCUUUAAUACCCUGAUGAAGAGCACUGUAGUGCUGCAAAAAAGCAGUGAAUAAAAGAAUGAAAAUGUACUACUUUAAAAAAUCAUAUGAUUUUGUUUUUCAGUCAGCACAUUGCUAGUUAUAUGUGUGCUAUACAAUUUGUGUAGUGAGUACAUUGCCUUGUAGUGAUAUGAGACUAGUAAAAGGCAUUUAAGAUUGAGUGCAUAAUUUAAUUCACACAGUAAUACCAAUAAUAUGCAUAAUCAUUGAUUUUAGUGGGAUCUGGCCAUUUUUUGUAACAAGUGCAUUGUUUUACAGUGACUUUUUAUGAUGUUCACAUUUCAUCAAAACACCGCUACUCAAAAUCUCUUUAUUUCUUAUGACCUCCAUUUCCGAAGACAUUUCACUUCAUUUAAUGACAAGAUAGUGUAUGAGAUAGCUACAGAGUGUAUGAAUUAUCUCUCACUGAAUGUCUAAUUCCCUCAGUAUCAAAUAUUUAAAAUAGCAUUUUAAGUAGCUAAUCUACAUCCUCUUAAUCUAGGGUUGUGUAUCUUACUUGGUAUGAUUACUUUGUAAACAUGUCUCCGUCCAAAAAGAUAUAUUUUAAUAAUUUCAAUAUGUACUUUUUAAUGUGCAUCAGUUGGACAACCUGGUGACAGUAUCCAUGUUUGUGUACUCAUGUAAACUAUUAAGAAAGAUUUGUGAGGAUCGUAAUGCUGGGUCAGUUCUGGUUUAGCUAACUAGGCUACUGCAUGCUGUCUUUAUAAAAUUGUGCUCCUCUUUUUCCAGCAGUGUAUUUGCAUGUUAAUUCCCAUCAAUAACUUAAGUGCGAAUUCUCCUCUGACUAUGGAUAUACCAAUAAUAAACAUUUGAUGUUUCGUA